AUGGCGGAUGCGGUGGUGAGCUGGAGCUCCAAGGGGAUGGGGAAGGAGGAGGGGAGGGGAGGGGAGGCGCUCACUGGCGGGAGACAGCCACCCCACCGCACGCUGCUGCGACGGCCGUUGACCUACGACGUCAUAGACGGGGAGGCUGAGGGGGGCCGUAGCCUGCAGAGAGCGGCGUACAGUCGCGAGCCACAACCAGUGGAGCUGCUGCUGCGGGACAGCCUCCCUCGGGUCUCCCUUGCUGUGUCUGCCGCCGCGCUGUACGCGCGCGCCGUGUCCUCACUCGUAAGGCCCGGCCUCCGGCGUCUCGCCAUGCUGCUCCCGGUGGUCGUCUUCUUCAUCGCGGCUCCCUUGGGCUUCUCUUCCGCCGUCGUCCGCUGCGUCGCCGGCCUGUACCUGGCGUGGCUGGGCACGUUUAAGGUCGCCCUCCUGGCCCCGGGUCGCGGGGCGCUGGACCCCGGCCUCCCCGUGCUCCGGUUCCUCUUCGCCGCAGCCCUCCCUAUCGAGCUCAUUCAUCCUGACGAAGAACGACCCGAAGCGGCCGAGUCGGCGUCUCUCGCUUCUUACACGUUCAAGGUCGCCACCACAGCCGCCAUCGUCCAUCUCCACCAGUACUCUAAAAAGAUGCACCCCAGCAUGCGCCUUCUUCUGUACGGAUUUAACAUCUGGUGCACCAUGGAGCUCCUGUUCGCCUCCAUCGCGGCCUUCUGCCGCGCGCUGGGCAUGGAGGUGAAGCCGGCGUUCGACAGGCCGCACCUCGCGACGUCGCUGCGCGACUUCUGGGGCCGCCGGUGGAACCUCGCCGUGUCGGCCAUCCUCCGGGCGUCGGUGUACGACCCCCUGCGCGCACGGGCCGGAAAGGAGGCGGGCAUCCUGGCCACGUUCCUCGUGUCGGGGCUAAUGCACGAGGCUCUCGUGUGCUACCUCACCCUGCGGCGCUCCACCGGAGAGAUGACCGCGUUUUUCCUGCUCCACGGCAUGUGCCGCGUGGCCGAGGAGCGGUGCGUGCGGCGGUGGACGGCGAGGGGGUGGCCGCCGCCGCCACGGCCCGUGGCCACGUUUCUUGUAUGGAUGUUCCUGACGGCCCCAUCGUUCUGGCUGAUCUUGCCAACGGUUUACCGGGGGAUGGAAGCAAGGCCGGAGAUGCUACUACUGACGAAGGAGUCGAACACCUAGGACCUCUUGCCUAGGUGGCACGAACCUAAGAGCUGUCUAUGCAAAGACAAAAAAAAAUUACUCUGCACCUAGGCUCAAAUCUGAGACCUCUUGGCUCACACAUAGCUUCAUAUCCACCCCACCUACACAACAUAUGCAGAGACAGUAAAGACGACAUUCCUCCUUCGGAUACUGCUGGUUAUGUUGACAUGGCUGAUAGUGAUGAUGAGGAUUAUGAUAUAUGCAGCUAAUCCCGAUCAUGAUGAAUAUUUUUAAUACAUGUAAUUAAACAAAGAUGCCAAGGGGUGCCAAGAUGGGUUUCCUGAGAUCCUUCUACAGGAAUAAAGGUGGACGAUGAGCGGCACCUAAGGGGUCCAAUGCAACAGAGGCGUCCGGCAGCCGUGGUGGACGGAGAGGUGGUGGAGGAGGGGGAGGCAAAGGGAGAGGUGGAGGAAGUGGUAGUGGGAAAGGUGGUGGAGGAGGGAAGAGGGAGAGGACACCUUCUCCUGAGGAUGAGGAGGAGGAGGAGGCAGGAGGUACGCAUGAGGUGUGGUUGCGAGAACCAUCGCAACUCCCGCCGCGACCAAUACCUCUGGCGACACACCGGUGAUUUGACCAGUAGGACCUCGUAAUUGGGUGUUGGUGUCAGGGGGUGACCACAAACGGAAGCCCAAUAGCAUACUGGGUCUUCUGUGCAGGGAGCACUUCCCUGGGUUAGUGAUGCAUGCCGGGGUCGAGGAGCCGACCUACACUUGGGACCACUACAUCACCAUCCUAGACGCAGAAGAUCGGGAAGGGAGUAAUUUCGGUACCAAGGCGAGGCGGGUGGUGGUGAAACUGUGGAUGGCAAGCACUCAGUAAAAGACUGCCGAGACUUGCAACAAACCAUCAGCAGCUUCUUCCACGAAGACAAAAA